GGGCCGCUUUUGUCCGUCUUAUAAAGAAAUCAGAGUGGGUCCACGGCUAGACGUGUAACACGACACCUCAAUACUACUAGUUUACAGGAAAAAUUUCAGUUAACAAUGGCGGAGCAACUCACCGAGAAGCAGAUCGCCGAGUUCAAGGAGGUUAAGAAGGGUUCACAGUUCAACACUAGAAGUGAGGUUUAUGAUUGUGAAAUUUCUGUUGAAGGUUUAUCAAACACAAACCCUACCCUUCCCCAAAGUACACGGCAGUCCUGUUUCUGGCUGCAUCCCCACCAAAGAGUUGGGGAGAUGAGAUCACUUGGGCAAAAUCCUACUGAAGCUGAACUUCAAGAUAUAUGAUCAAUGAGGUUGAUGCGGAUCAAAAUGGACUUCCCCGAGUUCUUAAAUUUGAUGGCGCGUAAAAUGAAGAGGAAGAAGUGGAUGAAAUGAUACGAGAAGCGGAUACAAAGGGUGAUGGCCACGUGAACUAUGAGGAGUUUGUCAGAAUGAUGCUAUCCAAGUGCUUGGAGCCAAUCGACCAAUGAUGGUGCCACCGUGGUUAUGGCCAAGUGAACUAUGAGGAGUUUGUCAGAAUGAUGCCAGCAGAGGGAUGUGAUCCAUCAACCAAUGAUAGUGUCACUUUAUUCUGGACUUGGUGAAGAGGGAUGUGAUCCAUCAACCAAAUGAUAGUGUCACUUUAUUUUGGACUUAGUGAAGUGGGAUGGUUUCUUCUGUGUCCAUUGAGUCGUCUAGUCUGUUUCCAAUUGAACUUUAUAUAAACAGAUUAUAAUGAG